AUGAGGGAAACAUUGGUGGAUUGGCUAGUGAAGGUUGCAGACGAGUACAAGCUUCUUCCUGAAACCCUCCAUCUAUGUAUCUCCUACAUUGACAGAUUCUUAUCUCUGAAAUCCGUUAGCGAAACAAAUCUUCGGUUGGUUGGUGUUUCGUCUAUGCUCAUUGCAUCUAAGUACGAAGAAAUCACACCACCAAAGGCGGUGACUUUCUGCAAAAUUGCUGAUAACAAUUAUGACCUUUCAGAGAUUUUAAAUAUGGAAAUUGACAUACUCAAGUCGCUAAAUUAUGAAAUGGGAAACCCUAAUGUUACCACAUUUCUAAAGAGGUUUGUUGGACUUGCUUGUGGGAAUCAAAAGAAUUUGAAUUUACAGUUUGAACAUCUGUGCAACUACCUUGCUGAUCUAAGCUUGUUGGACUAUGAGUGUAUAAGAUUCUUGCCUUCUGUUGUGGCGGCAUCGGUUAUAUUUCUCGCUAGAUUUAUUGUUCAACCAGAAGUACAUUCUUGGACACCAUCCUUGUAUGAAUGCUUGGGUUACAAGUCAUCUGAGUUGAAGGAAUGUGUUGUUAUUUUACAUGACUUGUAUUUUUUAAGAAGGGCAACAUCCUUGAAAACUCUUCGCAACAAAUACAUUAAAAAAAAGUUCAAAUGUGUGGCCAAUUUGCCUUCUCCGCUAGAGGUGCCGACUAGUUACUUCGAAGAAACGUGA